CAAAAUCCACCAAUCGGGCCAGUAACUGCCUUAUCGUUCCUAUGUAGGUAAUCCCGACGACAUCCAGACCCGCAGAAAGGAUGUCGCGACCAUCGCUCUGCCUCGCUCUGCGCGCCACCUAAUAUUUUCACGACCUCAAAAGCAGUUGCAGUUUUGUAAGCGAUCGUCAACAGAAGAUCCAGAACAUGCUACAGCUGCCUAUGACAACCUUGUAGCGGCAAUGGAUCUCGAGCUCGACGGCGGCCUUCAUCAGAAGGUCCUCUUCGAAACCGGAUCUUUUACGGGCUAUCGACCGAUUUUCGAGCUCGGCAGCGGAUAUCUCGCUGCAAGCGAUCACUUCAAGCAGCCCCUAUGUGGUAACCACGAGGGCUGGGGCCCAUUGAGCCCCUUCCGCUACGACUUCACACCCUGCUUUAUCGAUAUUUGGGUCGCUGUGGUUGCUGCUUUUGGAGUCGUAGCGGGAUCGUUGACGGUCUGGUGGCUCCUACAAAGGAAAAAACCAACCGACAUUCCCAAGGAUUGGCACUUCUGGACAAAGCAGGUCCUCCUUGCACUCAUCUUCGUCGACGUCAUCAUCCAGCUUGGGAUCCAAAUCGUCAACUACCCCCAGAUUUGGUUUGGCGACUUCCGCGUAUGGACUACGGCACUGACGGCUGUGUCGCUCAUCGUCAUCUUCUCUAUCCAAUGGCUCGAACAUUCCCGCCUCCGGAACGCCAACGGCGUUGUGCUCUUUUACUGGCUCCUGCUUCUCAUCGCCCUUACUGUCAAGCUCCGGUCUUUGAUCUCGCAACAGAUAUAUGCCACCAACCUUGUAUACUUUGUCACCUAUUGCGUUGGUUUCGCCCUCUCCGUUGUCGAGUUCUUGCUCGAGUGGCUGUGGCCUAAGAAGGAGAGUGCAUACCAAGCCUUGAUCGACGGGGAGGAAUGCCCCAUGGAAUAUGCAACCGUCUUCUCGCUCCUCACGUUCUCGUGGAUGACGCCGAUGAUGAAAUAUGGCUACUCCGAAUACUUGACUGAGGAGGAUCUCUGGGGCCUGUCCAAGAACGACCAGACAAGCUCAACCAGCGAGGUCUUUGAGAAGGCAUGGGCUUAUGAGUUGAAACACCGCAAGCAUCCUUCGUUAUGGAUCGCCCUCUUUCGAGCAUACGGAGGCCCCUAUAUGCUUGCAGCGGUCUUCAAGGUGGGCAACGACCUCGCUGCAUUCAGUCAACCGCAGCUCCUGAGGUUCCUCCUCGUCUUCAUGGACACGUAUCAGGACGGACACGCGCCGGACCCGGUGAUCAAGGGUGUUGCCAUUUCGAUUUCAAUGUUUCUUGUCGCCACAUUUCAGAUGAUCAUGAUCCACCAAUAUUUCCAACUAACCUUUAUCACUGGCAUGCGGAUCAAAGGCGGGCUUACUUCUGCGAUUUAUAGAAAGGCCUUGAAACUGUCCAACGAGGGUCGAGCUUCCAAGUCUACCGGAGAUAUCGUCAACUACAUGGCCGUCGACGCCCAGCGUCUUCAGGACCUGACCCAGUUCGCGCAGCAAGUAUGGUCGGCACCUUUCCAGAUCACCAUUUGCAUGAUCUCCCUUCAUCGGCUCCUCGGUUGGUCCAUGCUUGCUGGUAUUGGAGUCAUGAUCAUCAUGAUCCCUAUCAACGGCUUCAUCGCCCGGAUCAUGAAAAAUCUGCAGAAGAAACAGAUGAAGAACAAGGAUGCGAGAAGCCGGCUGAUUGCAGAAAUUAUCAACAAUAUGAAGAGCAUCAAGUUGUAUGCGUGGGGGGCGGCUUUCAUGAACAAGCUCAACUAUAUCCGCAACGAUCUAGAACUGAAGAACUUGCGGAAGAUUGGUGCAGGGCAGGCCGUUGCGAACUUCACCUGGAGCACCACUCCGUUCCUGGUUUCGUGUUCUACUUUUGGCAUCUUCGUUCUAACUGGCGACAAGCCCCUGAGCACUCAGAUCGUGUUCCCUGCGUUAACCUUGUUCAACCUCCUCACCUUCCCCCUUGCGGUUCUGCCCAUGGUCAUCACGUCAAUUAUCGAGGCGAGCGUUGCCGUUGGCCGCUUGACCUCGUACCUGACAGCCGAGGAAAUCCAGCCUGAUGCUGUCACUGUCAAACCGGCAGUCGAGGAGCUUGGUGAAGAAACUGUCCUCAUCCGAGACGGCACCUUCUCGUGGAACCGACAUGAGGACAAGGCGGUCCUGAAGCACAUCAACUUUACCGCCCACAAGGGAGAACUAUCUUGCAUUAUCGGGCGGGUCGGGGCUGGUAAGAGUUCUUUCCUCCAGAGCAUCCUCGGCGACUUGUGGAAAAUGGAUGGCGAAGUCCAGGUUCACGGCUCCGUUGCCUACGUUUCCCAGCAAUCAUGGAUUAUGAAUGCAACUGUUCGGGAUAACAUCAUCUUCGGAUAUCGAUACGACUCUGCGUUCUACGAGAGAACUGUCAAGGCCUGUGCCCUACUGGACGACUUCUCUCAGUUGCCCGAUGGAGACGAAACGGUUGUGGGGGAGCGUGGAAUCUCUCUCAGCGGUGGCCAAAAGGCCAGAGUUGCUCUUGCCAGAGCCGUCUACGCAAGGGCAGACAUCUACCUGCUGGACGACUCCCUCUCGGCUGUUGAUUCCCAUGUCGGACGACACUUGAUCGACAAUAUCCUUGGUCCAAGGGGUAUAUUGAGUUCCAAAACUCGAAUUCUUGCGACCAACUCGAUCCCUAUCCUCGCCGAGUCUGACUUCAUCUGCAUGCUCAAGGACGGCGAAGUAGCCGAGAAGGGUACCUUUAGGCAGCUCAUGGCCAUGAAAGGGCUGGUGUCAGACCUCCUCAAGUCAGCAGGAGGCCAGAGUGGGUCUGGACCCUCUUCCGCGGCCACGACUCCGGGUGGCAGUGACAGUGAAACAUCAACCGUGGACGACGCAGGGCGAAGUCAAGAUAUGGAGGAAGUGGAAGAGGCCCAAGAAGGGCUUGGCAGUCUGCAAAGCAUCAAACCCGGGCCUAGCAGUUCAAAGGUUGGGGGGAAGCAACGGACUGACAGUAUGGCAACGCUGCGGCGAGCAAGUGCUGCCAGCUUCAACGGCAUAAGAGGCAAAGUGCACGACGAGGAGGAUCCCAGUAGCAAAACCAGGCAAGCGAAAGAACACUUAGAACAAGGGAAAGUGAAGUGGAAAGUGUACUCGGAAUACGCCAAGACGAGCAACCUAGGAGCCGUCGCUGUCUAUCUGACCGCCCUGAUCGCAGCGCAAACAGCACAAAUUGCUGGGAACGUCUGGCUUAAAAACUGGGCCGAUAGGAAUUCCAGGGCCGGCGGCAACCCCGACGUGGGCAAGUAUAUCGGCAUAUACUUCGCUUUCGGUAUUGGGGCUUCGGCUUUGACAGUGGUGCAGACGUUGAUCCUGUGGAUCUUCUGCUCUAUCGAGGCUUCGAGAAAAUUACACGAAAGGAUGGCGACUGCAAUCUUCAGAUCCCCCAUGUCCUUCUUUGAUGUAACCCCAGCUGGCCGGAUUUUGAACAGAUUCUCAAGCGACAUAUAUCGAGUAGACGAAGUGCUUGCCCGCACAUUCAAUAUGCUCUUUGUGAACCUGGCUAAAUCGGGUUUUACACUGAUGGUCAUCUCGGUCUCGACUCCCGCUUUCGUCGCUCUGAUCCUGCCGUUGACUGCCAUGUAUAUCUAUUUCCAGCGCUAUUACCUCCGGACGUCACGCGAGCUCAAGAGGUUGGACAGCGUCAGUCGCAGCCCGAUCUAUGCCCACUUCCAGGAAUCUCUCGGCGGCAUCUCGACGAUUCGGGCAUUCCGACAACAAAACCGAUUCGAGCUCGAGAACGAGUGGCGUGUGGAUUCCAACCUCAGGGCCUACUUCCCAUCUAUUAGCGCAAAUAGGUGGCUUGCCGUGAGACUCGAGUUCAUUGGAGGUAUCGUCAUCCUGGCCGCGGCAGGUUUCUCCGUCAUGUCGGUCGCAAACAACAGCGGGCUCACUACGGGGACGGUCGGUCUGGCCAUGUCUUACGCCCUACAGAUUACGACGUCGCUCAACUGGAUUGUCCGCCAGACCGUCGAGGUUGAGACCAACAUCGUUUCUGUGGAACGUGUCCUCGAGUACGCCCAGCUGCCGAGCGAGGCCCCUGAGAUCAUCCACCGCAACCGGCCGCCCGUAAGCUGGCCAGCCAAAGGCGAGGUAGAGUUCAAGAACUACAGUGCUCGCUACCGAGAGGGAUUGGACUUGAUCUUGAAGAACAUCUGCCUCUCUAUCAGGUCGCACGAGAAGAUCGGCGUUGUGGGGCGGACAGGAGCUGGGAAAUCAUCCCUGACCCUGGCCCUGUUCAGGAUCAUCGAACCCGACACGGGGAACAUCAGCAUGGACGGCCUGAACACAUCUAGCAUUGGGCUGCUGGACCUGCGGCGGCGCUUGGCCAUCAUCCCCCAGGACGCAGCUCUUUUCGAAGGCACUAUUCGCGACAAUCUCGACCCGGGCCAUGUGCAUGACGAUACAGAACUGUGGAGUGUUCUUGAACACGCCCGACUGAAGGAACAUGUCUCUGGCAUGGAGGGUGGCCUGGAGGCUAAGAUUCACGAAGGAGGAUCUAAUCUAUCCCAAGGCCAGCGACAGCUCGUGUCCCUGGCACGGGCCAUGCUAACGCCGUCCAACAUCCUCGUCCUCGACGAGGCAACGGCUGCCGUCGACGUGGAGACCGACGCCAUGCUGCAGACCACGCUGCGCGGGCCCCUGUUCGCCAAGCGGACCAUCAUCACCGUGGCCCACCGCAUCAACACGGUCCUCGACAGCGACAAGGUGGUCGUGCUCGACAGGGGCGAGGUCGUCGAGUUCGGCACCCCGCAGGAUCUGAUCCAGAAGAAGGGGUCCUUCUACGGCCUCGUCAAGGAGGCCGGCCUGGACUCGGAGUGAUGCGGGUAUGUGCCUGCUCACUUUGUGAAC